ACCUGCAAUCUACUUGCGCGACGACCAUCUCCGGAACGUUCUUGUAGACCCCGUUUCACUCCUUCAUUUCGAAGGAAACGGCUGAACUGGAAGGCGCUGUUCAGGAAAUCAACAUGAUGAACUGGUGUAAGAGGACAUUUCUCGCGAUUGCUUGGGUAGCGACUCUCUCGCAUGGUCGUGAGACCAAGGAGGAAGCAGCUAUGUUGGCUCGGGAACUGCUGGUUUCGUCGCCGAAGCCCAUCGCCACCAUGGCCACAAUCUAUCCAAAUGAUCAUGCUACGCUACCGGGCCAACCUUAUGCCAUGCAGGAGUAUUAUGCGCCGUGCUAUUCGAAUGGCUCUCUCGCUCUCAUAUUCCUUCCCAUCUCGCGCCACAGUCAGAACAUCCUCCACUCCCCGUCUCACGCUGCGUCGAUUUCUGUAUGGUCCGAUCCUCCUGCUGCAGCACGAGCUAGGGUCUCUUUGAUUGGGAACGUCACGAUCCUACCGGACGACGAUUCUGAUGCGGAGAGGCUGAAACAGUGCUAUCUAAGCCAACAUCCCGAUGCCCAAGAUUGGAUUCCUGGAGAUGACGAAGGUGCACAUCUGGCCUACUGGGCUCGUUUCGAUCCACACAGCGUCUAUUUCGUCGGUGGAUUUGGAGAUGAACAUCUCAUUGGAUACCUUCCUUUGGAAUUGUACCAAUCCGCGGUACCCUCCUCAGCGACUCUCAUGAUUCAGAGCGAUGCUUGAGACGAUUUGAUGUCCACAUACAUCGCAUCGCUACAUUCACGAACUUCACGCUCAUGACGGAAUUGUUGUAUCAUAAUUGACGUACCCUGCAAACACAUUCUAAACUUGGCUAGGCAUGCACGGAAGUCAUAACUUAUGGAAGCACAAAGGAAAUGCGUUCGUAGGUCCAAGGUAGACCUGCGAUUAGUCAACGUCCCAUAUUGCCGCAUGAGCUGCCAAGCUCUCAUCGCUCUUCCUGUCAAGGUAUUCCAUGCAUCCAAGCACUCGGCCUGCCUGGAGAUCACCUCGAAGUGCAUCCCCAAAUCCGUCCUUCAGCGCCCUCGACAGCACUCUCCCUUGCGAUGUGUCCUUCAGUUGCGCAAAAACGAUUCUCUUCUCAUGGUGUACCAAGUAUCCAUUGAUUGCCAUGACACUCUGGGAGCCGGUGAAAGAGACGAUGUCGCUCCAGACGACAAAUCGAAUGGUAGGCCCUGGAGGCAUCUUUUCCCACGCAUGCUUGUGCAGGUCGACAACAUUGGCACGGUACUGCUCGUCUUGGACUCUUUCUAGGAUGAACCGGUCGUAAUCCGAGUUUGACAUGUACCCUGCGCUCCUGAGCGCAUAAAGCUUUUCUUUCUUCUUGAUGGAAGGGCGUCUAACCAAGUCUACGAUGAAGCAAUGCUCCUUCAGAUAUUCUUCGUGCAUAUUUGCUAUGUCAAGCGCAAACAAAGCCCACGCCUGGAUAGAAUUCCGCCACACGUCUGCAAACCGAGUGAUAGACUCGAUGUUGUCGUUCAUCUCUGGUGUCGCGCCAGAGACGAAUGGAUUUUCGGAACAUGUCUUCUUAUGUGCUUUCCAUGCUACCCUUUGGCAAUCCGUAGAGCAGUACCUUGCCACCUUGCAUCUUGAACACUUUCUCAGAGGAUAUUCGGACCUAGAACCACAUUGAUAGCACUUGUCGUGGGUGCCUGCACAGAACUCGAAAUAUUUUGAACCGCCCUCUGCGGUGUUGUCUAGUAGCAUU